AGAGUAAGUUGAUAGUCAUGAAUUUAAGUAAUUAUGAAUUAUAUCUUAAAGAUUGAUGGUGAAUUGAUGAAUGUUGCUUUUCUCACUUUGUUACAAUUUAUAUUUGACACAUCAUGUAUGGAGUAUAAUAUUUUUGUACAAGCAAAUGCAUGCUAUUUUCACAGAUACUAUGAGCCACAUUGGAGACACCUGCGGUGGAUUCAAGAUGACAGCUUAAACCGCAAUUUAGAAAUGAGAAUGAGCAAAACUGGAAUAGAAGAAAGAUUGAAAAUAUUUGGGAAUAAGGCAAAUUACAAUGGUUUAAAAUAGAUAAAAAAAUAAGUGAAAAAAUCAUAUGUUUUAAAAUUCUACAUAAUGAACUAAGUUUCUUUCCUUUUAGGGCAUGAAAGAGCUAAAAGCCCUCGUUUUGGAGGAGUUUGGUGUUUUCAAGCCAAAAUCCAAGCUAAGAAUUGGAUAUGCUCCUGGAUGUUUUUUGACAGUAAAGAAUUGUCAAAAUGAUGCAUUGAGAGCAAAAUUAGAAGAUGAGAUGGGGCAGAACAUGAAUGUCGGAGUUCAAUAUUUCAAAGACAUCCUGUUUGUAGAGGCUGAAAUUUGUAGUCGCCUCCAUUUUGUUAAAUUCUUCUAUUUCAGAUACUGAUAGAAGACUAUAUCCAAUAAAAUCUUAAGUAACGAGAAGGAGAAAAAGCUAUUUAUUGUGAACAAUAUGAGUGCCAAAUAAUAUAAGAUCAAUACUAUUGACCUUAAUGGUAACAAUGAAUAAACUUGCAGGUAUAUUGUUACAAACGCCCAGGAUACAUGUACAUGUGUGUGACUUAUGUUAUUCUCGAUAUAGCUUAACAAUAGACUGGGAUACAGAUGUUUUAUUGUAAUGUUAUCUGUAUAGCAUAUCAAGAGACUAGGAUACAGGUGUUUGAUUGUAAUGUUAUCUGUGUAGCAUAUCAAGAGACAAGGAUACAGGUGUUUGAUUGUAAUGUUAUCUGUAUAGCAUAUCAAGAGACUGGGAUACAGGUGUUUGACUACUGUAAUGUUAUCUGUAUAGCAUAUCAAGAGACUAGGAUACAGGUGUUUGAUUGUAAUGUUAUCUGUAUAGCAUAUCAAGAGACUAGGAUACAGGUGUUUGAUUGUAAUGUUAUCUGUAUAGCAUAUCAAGAGACUGGGAUACAGGUGUUUGAUUGUAAUGUUAUCUGUAUAGCAUAUCAAGAGACUAGGAUACAGGUGUUUGAUUGUAAUGUUAUCUGUAUAGCAUAUCAAGAGACUGGGAUACAGGUGUUUGAUUGUAAUGUUAUCUGUAUAGCAUAUCAAGAGACUAGGAUACAGAUGUUUGACUACUGUAAUGUUAUCUGUAUAGCAUAUCAAGAGACAAGGAUACAGGUGUUUGACUACUGUAAUGUUAUCUGUAUAGCAUAUCAAGAGACUAGGAUACAGGUGUUUGACUACUGUAAUGUUAUCUGUAUAGCAUAUCAAGAGACUAGGAUACAGAUGUUUGACUACUGUAAUGUUAUCUGUAUAGCAUAUCAAGAGACUGGGAUACAGGUGUUUGACUACUGUAAUGUUAUCUGUAUAGCAUAUCAAGAGACUAGGAUACAGGUGUUUGACUCUCAUGUUUUUUUCUCAGUAGCUUAAGAUAAAUCAAAUUAUAUUAUGAUCAUAUAAAAAAAUUAAAUGUUAAAACUUAAAACAAAAGAGGGUUAUCUGAGUUGUGUU